CCAAUUAAUGAGGUGAUGGUUUCGAUUACAGAAGAAUUUGCGGUUUCGAAGGGGCAAACCAUGAAGAAAAUGGACAGGAGUGGAAGUAGACAGGGAAAAGGGGUGGUACACAAGAUUGGAAGCAUAAUGCGGUCACUGCCUUCGCGGACACAGGUGUUUUUGAACGAGUGGUGGCUGGUCAAUGCUAAUGGAAAGGGUUUAGCUAUUGGAGGAUUUGCUCAUAGAGACAGUGAAAGAGUAAGCCUUUUUUGCUCUGCACCAAUUGUGAAGAGGCAUGAUACCACCACAUUUGAGACAGCAGAUGGCAUGACAAUUAUGGUUGGUGGUCUUAUCAACCGGCUACGAACUCUGGAAAAUGGAUUUUCCUCGAAGGUGUGCAACAAAUUCCUGCUUGGAUUUCCAUAUGAUUGGGCAGAGUAUUCGACUUCCUGCUAUGGCGAAGACUCUAGCAUCCAGGCUGGUUCAGUUAAAGCUACAGUUUCUGAGGAAACUGACUCCCAGUCAAGGAGCACUACAAAUUACUUUGAGGCAACUUCUCUUGAUGAUGUUACUGUGCCAAAGUUACGAGAUUUAUUUAGUCUCGGUGAUCUUGAUGAUUCUUUCUUGAUGGAGAAAAUAUAUGAUGAUGUUGUGGGCAUGUUGGGAAGUAGUGCCGAGCAUGAUGGAGAAUUUCUUCGUUCAAGCAGAAAAAAUAGUCUCGGCAUGGCUGCCAAAAGCCAAUUUAAUGAGGCUCAAAUUAAGAAAAAGAAAUCGUCAGAGGAUGGGUUGUGCAAGCACAAUGAGGACAUCUUGUCUGCUAGAAAAACUGUGAAGAAAGUGAACCAUAAAAGUGGUCGUCAAUUGAGGGCUCUUCGUAGACGAAGGGAAGGUGUUUCAACUAGAAGCAUGACUAAGCUCAAAAAAUAAUAAAGGUAUAAACAGCCCAUGUGUGCGGUUCAGAUGCAUACCGCACAUCCCCAGUAUCAUGACCCACCUAGUUGUUUGGGGCAUUCGCCUGGAUUUUGGAUCUCCCUAUAAAAGAUGGCCAACGACAUCUCUUCUGCUUCUGAAGAAAAAGAAGCUCCUCAACCUACAGUUUUCCAUCAUCCGAACAGACUUGAGGUUUUCCUUCUCCCGUCGAACAACUCCAUGGCGCUUUCAGUUCUGCUUUGCUUAAUAAAUGUGGGUGCAGUGGAGACCCAGGCAUUGCCUCCAGUGUUGAGGGUGUAAUUAAAAGGUCGUGCCUAGUGAAGUAACCAUGAAACUGUGUUUUGGAUUUUGUGUCUACAAAAGUUUAUGCGCAGAAUGUAAAUGUGAUGGGCAGGGAGAUUCUUCCAAAGUGCAGGACUCUGUCACUUUCAGGAAGUUAUUGAGGGGAAUUUUGCGGAAGACACCAAGAGGGGGCUCUGUUUAUGAAAGUAUUGGGAAGUCGUCUUUUUGGAUUUUGAUGGAGGUGGGGGUUUCUCAGUAAAGGCAAAGUAUGGCAGAAUCGGUUGGAAAUUAAAAUGCAGCAGUUGCUUAAGAUCUCGAAGUUGGGUUGAUAUUCUCUAAUAAUGAUGUUAUAGGAGGUGCUACUAAUGGGGACAAAAUACUUCUAGGAAGUACUGUAUACUUGUGCAAGAUGGGAGGCAAUACCCAAAUUGAUGGUUCUCUUACCUGUCCAUUAGAAAUUGAAGUCAUUGACAAUACUGCAUCGAUUGAACUCGUGUCAUUCACUGGAGUUGGAAAUCGUGGGGACAAGGAGAUUUGGAGAUGCGAAAGAAGUGGCAUAGGGAAAAUUGUACUAAAGGCUUUGGAGGAAAGGGAAAGGUGCAAAAAUGUUCAUGGAGAACUGUGAAGAGCGAGACAACUGAAUGCGUUUUCCUGAACCUAUAUAUACUUGCUGAACAAAGGGAGACAACCAAAAGAAGGUUCUCUAGGGAAGAAGUGGCGGCCCUGAGGUUUUAUUAAUAUUUCAGAAUAACAAAGUUGUGAAGAGAGAUUUAUAUGGACUGGGCCCUUUGGCAAGAGAGUUCAAACCUUGCUAGUUCUAAGCAUCAGUUGCACUCUACUUUGAGAUUUCCUUGUCAGUGCCAGUCUCUUGGGAGGGCACAGGAUCCUGGUAUUCCUGAUGCAGCUGCUGGAAGUGGAAGGGGAAAUCACAAGAAUUUCUUUGUUCCCACACUAAAGACCAGAUGUGGAACAAAUGGUUCAUGUCUCUUUAUUACUCCUCCAUCGUACAUUCAAAGCCCUACUAUUUGCUACUCUAGGUGUAUGAGCAGAGAUAUGUGCCCAUCCAAACUUUGGUGAAAACAUAAAGAAAUCUCGACAAGCAAUUUGUUCUGCAAAUAGUACAUGGUUUCUUCUC